AUGCUCGCAGCUUCCGAUUUCUUAGACUAUAGAGAUGAUUGGCGCCAUUCCGGUCUACAAUCAGCUCUAUGGUCAGCUGGCGGAAACACCGGCUGCAUUCUCAGGUUCCCCUGAUGGCAUGGGACUGCAUGAAAAGGCCGUGGAAGGCAGUGGGGGAGGAGGGGCAUCUUCUCCCGCUGCUUGUAAAAGCAACGCUGCAGGCAUCAUCCUGGUAUAACCACUCAAAGUCCAGUCAUGUACCAGUACGUCGCUGGUCCUUGUUGGGCAUAUAUGCUAUAUUCUUUUUUUUUAUGCAGCCUGUGGGCUGAAUAA